CCUGACAUUCGCUUGCUUGUCAACCUUCUGACAUUUGGUUUGAGUUUGUUAUUUUCCGAUUGUUCUGCUUAUUCCUCUGACCCAAGAUGGUAAUAUCAGCAAGUGCACUGCGAUCACAGCUGGUCAAUUUAACCAACUUCUCGGGAACACAUAAAGAGCAAGCCGACAAAUACCGGCAACUUUUGGAGAAUAUUUUAACUAACAGUGGAACUGAAUUGAUUGACACACUAAAAUUAUUUGUUGAAGCGAUUGUCAACGAGCACGUUAGCUUGGUAAUUUCUCGUCAAAUUCUCACUGACGUCGGGAAUCAUCUUACUGAACUUAACGACGAUGUAUCAAAGGUAGUGUCGCACUUCACGCUGGAUAAGGUUCAACCUCGUGUAAUUUCGUUCGAAGAACAAGUGGCUGGAAUACGACAACAUCUUGCCCAGAUCUAUGAAAGGAAUCAGAAUUGGAAAGAAGCUGCAAAUGUUUUAGUGGGAAUUCCAUUGGAGACAGGGCAAAAGCAAUAUACAGUUGACUACAAACUUGAAACCUACCUAAAAAUUGCACGGUUGUUUUUGGAAGACGACGAUCCUGUCCAAGCAGAGGCCUAUAUCAAUCGUGCAUCUUUGCUUCAAGCUGAGACUGGCAGUGAGGAAUUACAAGUUUUAUAUAAAGUUUGCUAUGCCAGAGUUUUGGAUUAUCGACGAAAGUUCAUCGAAGCCGCCCAGAGAUACAACGAGUUGUCUUAUAGAACUAUCGUAGAUGAGAAUGAACGCAUGACAGCAUUGAAAAAGGCUCUAAUAUGUACCGUUCUGGCUUCAGCUGGGCAACAAAGGUCCCGUAUGUUGGCAACACUUUUCAAGGAUGAACGCUGUCAACAUUUACCUGCUUAUUCAAUUUUGGAGAAAAUGUACUUGGAUCGAAUUAUAAGACGUUCAGAGUUGCAAGAAUUCGAGGCGUUAUUACAAUUGCAUCAGAAAGCAAGUACAUUAGAUGGUUCAUCGAUUCUCGAUCGUGCUGUGUUCGAACAUAAUUUGCUUUCAGCCAGUAAACUAUACAACAACAUAACUUUUGAAGAGCUUGGCGCUCUUCUCGAAAUAACUCCGGCCAAGGCAGAGCGAAUUGCAAGUCAAAUGAUAACAGAAGGUCGCAUGAAUGGUUAUAUUGAUCAAAUUGAUGGCAUCGUUCAUUUUGAAACUCGCGAGGUGUUGCCACUAUGGGAUAAACAGAUUCAAUCGCUUUGCUAUCAAGUCAAUGGUAUAAUUGAGAAAAUCGGCGCCGCUGAGCCUGCAUGGAUGGCGAAAACAAUGGAUGAACAAAUGGCACAGUAGAUUUAGUUGGCUUUUAAUAUAUCUAUCUUUUAAACUAAUGAAAAUAAAAGCAAGAAACGUAUGAAAUAGAUGCGAAUGAAGUGAAUAAAACUAUUAUGUAAAAAAA